AUGGAAGAGAUCGCCCCGGAGUACGAUGUGGUGGUGCUCGGCACUGGCCUGACCGAGUGUGUGUUGUCUGGUGUCCUGAGUGUGAAGGGCAACAAGGUCCUCCACAUCGAUCGCAAUGACCACUACGGAGCCGAGGCAGCCUCUGUCAACAUUGAGACACUGUUCAAGAAAUAUGGCAACGUCCGCCCCGGCGAGGAGCCCUGGAAGAAAUACGGGAGGGUCAACGACUGGAACAUCGACUUGGUCCCGAAGCUUCUGAUGGCCAACGGAGAGUUGACAAACAUUCUGGUGUCCACGGAUGUCACGCGGUACCUCGAGUUCAAGCAGAUCGCCGGCAGCUACGUCCAGCAAGGCAAGGGUCCCAAGGCGACCGUGGCCAAGGUGCCCUCGGACUCCGGCGAAGCGCUGCGAUCCUCCCUGAUGGGUUUGUUUGAAAAACGUCGGGCCAAGAAGUUCCUCGAGUGGGUCGGUGAAUUUAAGGAGGAUGACUCUGCCUCGCACCAGGGACUAAACAUCGGCUCUUGCACGAUGAAGGACGUUUACGACAAGUUCGGAAUCGAAGAUAACACCCGUGACUUCGUCGGUCACUCCAUGGCCCUGUAUCAAUCGGACGAGUACAUCACCAAGCCUGGCAUGGCCGUCGAGACUAUCAACCGCAUCCGCCUGUAUGUUAACUCGAUGGCCCGUUACGGCAAGUCGCCGUAUAUCUACCCUCUCUACGGCCUGGGUGAGCUCCCCCAGGGCUUUGCUCGUCUGUCGGCUAUCUAUGGCGGCACCUACAUGUUGAACACCGACAUCGACGAGGUGUUGUACGAUGACAGCGGAAAGGUUUCGGGUAUCAAGGCGACCAUGAAGGACCGUGAUGACCAGUCCACCGCUAUGAAAUUCGAAACCAAGACAAAGAAGAUCAUCACCGAUCCGUCCUACUUCCCGAGCAAGGCCAAGAUCACUGGAUAUCUGUUGAAGGCGAUCUGCAUUCUGAAGCACCCCAUCGAAAAGACCGACGGCAGCGAUUCGCUGCAGCUGAUUAUUCCUCAGUCCCAGGUUGGGCGCAAGCACGAUGUUUACAUCGCCAUGGUCUCGGCCGCGCACAACGUCUGCCCCAAGGGCUACUACAUUGCGAUUGUUUCUACCAUCGCUGAGAACGACGCGAACCACCAUCUGGAACUCGAGCCCGGCUUCGAGCGCUUGGGUGAGAUCGAAGAGAAGUUCAUGGGCCCUCCGAUCCCACUCUACGAGCCCCUGGAGAGCGGCAAGCAGACCAACAUCUUCAUGUCGAAGAGCUACGACGCCACGUCGCAUUUCGAAACCACUACCGAUGAUGUGCGGGACGUGUACCGUCGCGCGACUGGCGAGGAACUGGUGGUUGAGGGCCUUCGGGAGGAUCAGCAGCUUGCUCAGGAGUAA